CUCCUCCAUCCAUCCAUCGCAUUAUGGUUGCCGUCAAAGCCCACCAACUCCGUAACAAGAACAAAGCCGAGCUCUUGAAGGUUCUUGAUGAGAAGAAGCAGGAGCUUGCAUCCCUCCGUGUCCAGAAGGUGGCUGGUGGAUCUGCAUCCAAGCUCCAGGCCAUCGGCCAGGCUCGCAAGAACGUUGCACGUACCUUGACCGUGAUCAACCAGACCCAGCGUGACCAGCUCCGUCUCUUCUACCAGAAGAAGAAGUUGAUUCCUAUUGAUCUCCGUGUCAAGAAGACUCGUGCUCUCCGCAGAGCUUUGACUCCUUAUGAGCGUAGCCUUAAGACUGUCAAGUACCAGAAGAAGCAGGCUCAUUUCCCCAUGCGCAAGUAUGCUGUCAAGGCCUAAAUCCAGAAAGGAGUUUAGUAGAAAAAAUUGAAAUUCUCUUCACCAUUCAAUAAAACCAUCAACACAUCACUCACAUAUGC